CUGAAGUCCAGUGCAUGCUAGCGACUCCAGAGAUUGGAGGAACGAAUAGGCGACUGGAGCUUGCCAAGCCGAUUUCUCGGCACCACGCGUACGAUUCGGGGAUGGCAGCUGGCGGUGGUGGUGGAAGAUUGUUUGGGGCUGGCUGCCUCAAUUGGUAAAGCUCGCUGCUUUGCCGAGUCCCCGAUAUUCCAGUUUGCAGCUCCACCACGCGGCGAAGUCCUACACGCCUCGACACUUGGCGCCUGGCUUGCGUCCUGUCUUCCUUUCUCGUCACUACAUAGACGGACCUGCUCGUCGUAUGCCUAUAUUCGCCUCACAUAUAAAUUGCUGAACAACAUCGCACAAUCUCAGGAGUUCAGUCCAGCAUUUGUGAGAUUUUGGAAGGAAGUACAUUCUCGCUUCCUCGGUGGCAGGCAGCAAGCCAGCAACUCGAUCGCCAGCCAACAUGAAGGGUACUCUGGCAAACAUGAAGGAGAAAGUUCACAAUGCCACCGCUAAGGCCGAGCUGAAGAUAGAGACAGCCACUGAGAAGCUCCGGACGAAUUCUAGGCACUGGAUUUCUGAGUUGAGAUUGCUGUUCAUUCCUGGCUGGAUGAAACAGACGGACAAGCUGAUGGCUGACGACAAGGCUGGGAAGGAGGAAGCGCACGCCAUCAAGCACGAAAAAGACGAGCAUGCUUACGGACUGCACAGAAGAAGGACGCACAACCACGGCGAGAAGGUGCGGUACAAGCAGGUAGCUCACGACACAACCAUGGAAGAUGCUCUAUUGCCUCACAAGAGCAAUCCUUACGUGCAGAUUCCGGUGGAAACCGCGCCAACCGAAAUUCCUCAUCCUCACCUCACCCACGAGCAAAUCACAAAUAACGCAGGCUUCCCGGAGGAUCUUCCCACCCAGGGCCCGGACUCGGUUCUGCCCCAUGACCCCGAGCCAGAGCAAACGAACGCCAAUGGGUUCGGAGAGCUUCACGAAGAUCACAUGACACAUCCCGAGGCGUUCCAACUGGACGAAUCUCAUUUCCAUAUGAACGUCGGCUUCCCUGAUGAUCAGCCUGACCAAGGUGCCAACUGCAAGUAUUUUUAGAACCUAAUCCAGUAAAUCAACCUUCACAGUGUUCACGUCCGGACAUAGACACCCUGACGAGGUUUUUGUUUGGCCUCUUCGUUAGAUGAGAGUUAUUGGAGGUUGUGUUUUUUGUAGCAUGUUUUUAUGUACAUACAUUUAUUCCAAAGCAUCACUGUCGCCAACUGCCUUAUGACAGUCACAGUGGUCUCCAUUGAUUUACUUGUUUCCAGAAGCUGAAUCUGGGAAUAAAAAAUUCCAGUCACUUACGC